AUAUAGAAGAUUGAAGCUUGUCAUACUCUUCCUCUAUUUGAUAACUUCAUCUCCUCUUCCUAUCAAGUUCAACAAAAGGAUCCAUUAGCAUCGAAGACAAUAAUGUCGAGGUGGAGGAUGUCACGCAGGAGAAGAAGAAGGUUGUGCGGGCCUUCUCUCCCACACAACACAGGAAUUCUGCGACAUCUUAUCAAAUGUCAGUUCAGCUGCCACUGGAUCCUCAUCCAUCAACAAUCAAAGAACACAAGGCAGCUCUUCCAACCUUGAAAUUGAGUUACUCAUGGUGACCAACAGCAAAUACGGUGAAAGUAGGUGUCUGUCGGUCCGAGAACUGUUCUCCUCUUACUGUGCAUUCAGUUUCAGCUUCAGCAGGACAAUCUGCAAGUGGAACAGCCCAUACUCUACUUGGUGCCCUUUAUGUGUUUGUUGAUAUUCUUCUUACAUUUUGUGAUAGUUGUUGCCAGUCCCUGUCACCAUUAAUUCCCUCCUGUGCAGAGUUCAGUACGACAUAUGAGCUCCUGGUUCCAUCUUCACCUGUUCAUUUGUGCUUCGUAAUUUUGUGCUGACCCCCUUUUUCCCCUUUUCUUUGUUCAGCUAUUGUUCCCUCACUUCCUCUUCUUGGCUAACAGCAUAGAUUUCACAGCUCAAGGCAUCUGAAUUGUCUAAUUCCUUUUCAUUUUCCUGUUUCAGGGAACUCCUACAGAUAAUUUCUUCUGUUUUCCUCCAGCGCACCACUCCUAUUGUACUCCUUCUAUUUCAAGUACCUUUUCUCUAGUUAGGUCUAGGGUUUAGCUAGCAUAAUAUUCUGUGCUUCUCACUUCUCUUGCUAGAGAGAGAUAGCUCUUGCCUCCUGGUUACGCUGAUACGUGAGAAGGUUAUUAUUGGUUUGGUCCUGGUAAUGAUGCUAGCGGUUUUGGUUUUGUUUCGGAGACUAUGAUGCAAUUCUGAAAUCAACGAACAAUCUAGGAUCCUUAAUUAUAGAUCCUACCAUGAAGCAUGUUUUGCUUCUAUUUUUGGCACUCUGUUUUAGUCUCCUUCGGAGUGACCUCGGUAGGAAUGUCUCUGCUAUAAGACCUCCUACAGUGCACAUUGGAGCUCUUUUUUCCCACAAUUCCACCAUUGGAAGAGUUGCCAAGGUUGCCAUUGAUGCUGCAGUGAGCGAUGUCAAUGCAGACCCGAGUGUUCUCCAAGGCACGAAGCUGGUUGCUGAAAUGCAAGACUCCAAUUGCAACAGUUUCAUUGGUAUUGUUCAAGCAUUGCAGUUCAUGGAGACAGACAUUGUCGCAAUCAUUGGUCCGCAAUCUUCCGUAAUUGCACAUGUCAUUUCACAUGUUGCAAACGAUCUGCAAGUCCCUCUUCUUUCCUUUGCGGCGACAGAUCCUACACUUUCUUCAUUGCAAUAUCCCUUUUUUGUCCGAACAACCCAUAGCGAUCUCUUUCAAAUGGCUGCUGUAGCUGAACUAGUUGACUAUUACCAGUGGAGCCAGGUGAUAGCCAUAUUCGUCGAUGAUGAUUAUGGUAGAAAUGGAAUAAAUUCUCUAGGUGAUAAGCUUUCAGAGAAGCGCUACCAGAUAUCCUACAAGGCUGCAUUGCAACCCGGGGCUACAAGGGGUGACAUCAUGGAUUUGUUGGUUAAAGUUGCGCUGAUGGCUUCACGGAUUAUUGUCGUACAUGUGAAUCCAAGCAUCGGUAUUGAAGUUUUCGCCACAGCAAGAUAUCUAGGUAUGGUGUCAAAUGGGUAUGUUUGGAUAGCAACAGAUUGGCUUUCUUCAAUUUUAGAUUCUUCAACUCCACUGGAUACAGCAAUUUUGGACACAAUGCAAGGAGUUCUUGUAUUGCGACAGCACACUGUAGAUUCAAAACUCAAGAACACUCUAACUUCAAGAUGGAGCCAGUUGACCAAGAACGGCACAACUGAGAACUUCCAUCUUAACUCUUAUGGUCUAUAUGCUUAUGACACAGUGUGGCUGGUUUCUCAUGCAUUGGAUGCCUUUUUCAAUGAUGGUGGAUCGAUUUCAUUUUCAAAUUUCUCAAAUCUGCAUGAUGCUGAGGGAAGGAAUUUACACCUCGAAGCAAUGAGUGUGUUUGAUGGGGGCCAGAUAUUGCUGAACAAGAUUCAUAAUGUGAAUUUUGAUGGUGUUACUGGGAAAGUCCAGUUCGACUCUGAAGCGAACCUCAUUCACCCUGCUUAUGAUAUCCUCAAUAUGCUAGGAACUGGAUGGCGAACAAUCGGUUACUGGACAAACUACUCUGGAUUGUCAAUUAUGUCACCUGAAGAACUGUAUAUGAAUCCAGCAAAUAGUUCCAGUGCAAAUCAACAACUGUAUAGUGUCAUUUGGCCUGGGGAGGUGAUAACAAAGCCUCGUGGUUGGGUUUUCCCUAAUAAUGGGAAAGAGUUAAGAAUUGUUGUUCCUAACAGAGUAAGUUACCGGGAAUUUGUUUCAGUAGAGCCAGAUAACGAUGGCGUGAAGGGAUACUGCAUAGAUGUCUUUACUGCUGCCAUAAACUUGCUUCCAUACCCUGUCCCAUACAAAUUCAUACCUUUUGGAAAUGGCCAUGAGAAUCCCAAUUAUGCUAUGCUUGCUGAGAUGGUUGCGUCAGGUGACUUUGAUGCUGCUAUAGGCGAUAUAGCCAUAGUUACAAAUCGAACAAAGAUUGUUGAUUUUACCCAGCCAUAUAUCGAAUCGGGGCUUGUCAUAUUGGCUCCUAUAGAAAAGCUCAACUCAGAUGCUUGGGCUUUCUUGCAGCCAUUCACAGUGGCGAUGUGGUGUGUCACUGGGUUAUCCUUACUCAUAAUAGGAAUAGCCGUUUGGAUCCUUGAGCACAGGAUCAACGAUGAAUUCCGUGGGCCUCCAAAAAAACAGCUAGUUACAGUCUUUUGGUUCAGCUUCUCGACACUGUUUUUCGCUCAUAGAGAAAAUACUAUGAGUACUCUUGGGCGUGUAGUUCUGAUAAUAUGGCUUUUUCUGGUUUUAAUUCUUCAAUCCAGUUACACAGCUAGUCUGACGUCAAUUCUCACUGUGCAACAACUAUCAUCACCUGUAAAAAGCAUUGACAGUUUAAUUGCUAGUAAUGAGCCUAUUGGGUUUCAAGUUGGCUCAUUUACUGAGAACUAUCUUGUUGAGGAGCUUGGCAUUUCAAGAUCCAGAUUGAAAGCACUUGGUACCCCAAAUGAUUAUGUUAGAGCCCUUGAGCUAGGCCCCAAAAAAGGAGGUGUUGCCGCUGUGGUGGAUGAACGCCCCUAUAUCGAACUAUUUCUCUCAAUCCAAUGCGAGUUUGCCAUAGUAGGCUCAGAAUUUACCAAAAAUGGCUGGGGGUUUGCAUUCCCCAGGGACUCCCCUUUAGCUGUGGAUUUGUCCACUAAUAUCCUUACACUAUCAGAAAAUGGCGAUCUCCAAAGAAUUCAUGACAAGUGGCUUACUGGAAGAAGUUUGUGCAGCUCCCAAACGAGCGAGCUUGAGUCUGACCGCCUCCAACUUAAUAGCUUCUGGGGAUUGUUUCUGAUAUGUGGAAUGACAUGUACUGUUGCAAUGUUCAUAUACUUUGCGAUCAUGGUGCACCAGUACAUUCGCCACUACCCCUUGGAGGAAAGUGACUCUUCCGACCAUGGAAGCUCAAAAUCUGGGUGCAGCCUGCAGAGAUUCUUCUCCUUCAUCGAUGAGAAGGAAGAAGAUGUGAAGAGCAGGUCAAAGAGCAGGAAGAUGUUGCAGGCAGGAAACACUAGUCUUGAUAGUGAAAGCCAUAACAUUUUUUAGCUCAAACAAGAGUUUUUUGGGUUUGAAUGCUACAAGAACUCCAUAACUGUGAAUUGCUGUGGCAAUAUACGAGAGGCCAAAUCAAGAUUUUCUUCAGAAAGUUUGAGAAUCAAGAUAUUAUUUUCUAUGACAGUUUAGACCGAAAGAGGAGUGUCAAGGUAAAGAUGAGAUCCAUUAUACUGCAUGUGUGAUUCAGUUCAUGCCUGACUGGUUCUGGAUUAGAUUUCACUGGGAUGUUUCCAAUGCAUGUGAACAAAGAUGUGUGAUUCAGUUCAUGCCUGACUGGUUCCAUUAGAUUCAGUUCAUGUCCUUCCUAUGCUCAUAGCAGGUGGAGUGAAUUGUAUCAGCAGCACAAACUGAUACAAUGGUGAUUGUGGCAGGAAGCCCAGUUGAGCUGCUCCCCUCACAACAGCAAUUCCAAAGAGUGGAAGGAUCACAUAUCACACAGAUGAUUGAUAUGGUCAGUCAUGGCUUCACCGCCAACUUGCGAAGCCCUGCUUGUGCUCAUGAAACAUGCAUCAGAAACUUAGGCCAUUUCACUGCUUCAGAUUUGAGCUUGAAUGGAGAAGUGUUUCUACCUUGUGUUAGGUUCACUCAUAGAAUAAGAGUAACACAUUAUAGUGCCAUCACUGCAUCCAUUUCUUGUCAUCAGACAAGAAAGUGCAUGCUUCCUGUCUUUGGAAGAUGAUCACAUACCCUAACAAUAUCAUGGAAUCUUGGAUGAGAUUUUAACUGAGCAGUACCACCCGCAACUAAGCCAACAGUCUGUAAUCCUCCAUGAACUAUAAACCAUUCAACGUCCAUGUUAAAGAAAUAUACUGAAGCAGUGGUUGGUGGUGUGAGCAAUUCCUCUGCAAUUGGGUGAAGGAUCUGAGUUGUUGUCAGCCACCGUUGCUGAAACAUUGUCAUCAAGGAUUUUUCCGUUCACUACUGAAGACACCUUCAUAAGACUGCAGGCCAGUAUCCAUAUGAAGACACCUCCAAGCUUCAUGGAGACAGAGAAGAAUGUCAAGAGCACAGAUUUUGAUCUGUGUGAGAGAGAUGUGUUUACAUAAAAAGCUCCAUCCUUAACUUUCAGUUGAUGUUAUUAUUAUUAUUAUUAUCUAAGAACUCAAAAGAGCAAAACUACUUAAAGAUCUCUUUACA